GGUACCUACCCUAAGGGCUUCUCCGUCUCCGGAACCCACGUCGGCGUGAAGGCAUCCAACACCAGAUUCCCGGACCUGGCCCUCAUCUCCUCCGAGACGCCCUGCUCCGCCGCCGCCGUCUUCACCACCAACAAGUUCCAAGCCGCCCCGGUCCAAGCAAGCAAGAACACCCUGAAGACCACCCAAGGCGAAGGCAUCCGGUCCGUGGUAAUCAACUCAGGCUGCGCCAAUGCCGUGACAGGUAAAGGCGGCCUGGAGGAUGCCGUGAGCAUGGGCAGCAAGGUAGACGAGUGCAAUGGCCUCGCCCAGCCCAGCACUCUCGUCAUGAGCACCGGUGUCAUCGGUCAACGGUAAUGACUCCUCCCAAUUCUCCCAUCAUCAGCUCAUCACUAACAACUAUAACCCUCACAAACAGCCUCCCCAUCUCCAAGAUCCUCAACAAAAUCCCCACUGCGCACUCGACCCUCUCCUCCACCCACGAUGCCUGGCUCACAACCGCCCGCGCCAUCUGCACAACAGACACCUUCCCCAAGCUCCUCUCCCAGACCUUCACUCUCCCCUCGUCCCCGGACCGCACGUACCGCCUCGCCGGAAUGACCAAAGGUGCCGGCAUGAUCCACCCGAACAUGGCCACGCUCCUGGGAGUCCUCUGCACCGACGCGCCCAUUGCCCCCUCGGCCCUCCAGCCGCUCCUCAAGCACGCCGUAUCCCGGUCCUUCAACUCCAUCUCCGUCGACGGCGACACCAGCACCAACGACACUAUCGCCAUCCUGGCAAACGGCGCUGCCGGCGGCGCACCCAUCACCUCGACCUCGUCCGCAGACUACACAGCCAUGCAGAACGUCCUGACCUCCUUCGCGCAAUCUCUCUCGCAGCUCGUCGUCCGGGACGGUGAAGGCGCCACCAAAUUCGUCACGGUCCGUGUGCAGAAUUCCCCCGACUACGAGUCCGCCCGAUUGAUCGCAUCGACGAUCGCGCGGUCCCCUCUCGUCAAGACUGCUUUGUAUGGAAAGGACGCGAACUGGGGCCGGAUCCUGUGCGCGAUUGGCUACACGCAGGGCGUUGCGGAGGGUACGGUGGUGCCGGAACGGACUAGCGUUAGCUUCAAGCCUGUGGAUGGCAGUGCGGAGCUGAAGUUGCUGGUGAACGGCGAGCCGGAGCAGGUGGAUGAGGAUCGCGCGUCGGUGAUCCUGCAGGAGGAAGACUUGGAGAUUGUGGUUGACCUUGGAGGUGGUGAGAAGGGCGAGAAGGGUCUUGGUGGAGAGGAGGCGGUUUAUUGGUUCUGUGACUUCAGUCACGAGUAUGUGACUAUUAAUGGUGAUUAUCGGACUUAGGUGAGUGGGAGUAAAAACGUGAUUACCGAUGUUGCAGUUGGAAGUGGUACUGCAGUUGAUUGUGUAUAAGUGUGGUAUCGGUAUAUACCCGCAAUUGUUACCUUAGUUAUAGAUCUGCAUCAGACACCCCCUUGCAGUUGUACUAAAAAAGGCACCCGAGAUGGUCAAGCCAAUUAAGUUAAUUUUAGAUCUUUUGUCAAUAUGGUUACAAACCAGGUAGGUGCUAUGUACAGCUGUGGCGUGGACGUAUCUUCGUAGAGAAGAUCUUCCCCUCCUGCAAAUU